UUCCUUUCGACUUCCACGAGAUGGUUCUUCCGAACGACAUCGAUCUCCUGAACCCCCCAGCGGAGCUCGAGAAGAGGAGGCACAAGCUCAAGCGCCUCGUCCAAUCCCCCAACUCCUUCUUCAUGGAUGUCAAGUGCCAAGGAUGCUUCAACAUAACUACUGUGUUUAGCCACUCUCAGACUGUCGUGGUGUGUGGGAACUGCCAGACUGUGUUGUGCCAGCCGACUGGAGGGCGUGCGAGGCUCACUGAGGGAUGUUCUUUCCGGCGGAAAGGAGACUGAGGAUGGUGUUUACUUCCUUUUUUUUUCCUGAUGUGUUUGCGUUCAAUGGAACAAUGAGGUCUACAUAAAUUAAGGUUUAGUUUGUGCUUUUGCUGGCAAAUUAAUUUUGGAAAAUGAAUCGGUUAAGUGAUGGAAGAGUUUGUGUUAUUAGAAUAUGUCAGUGAAUUGGAUAAACUUUCAUCAAGAUUUUCCUGCUAUCUUUUUCUAGCCCAUAUUUGAAUUACCUCGAAUAUGAUUGAGAAAAGGGAUAUUGGUCUUCUGUCAAAA